GUAGGCGGGGCCGUGAGAUUAGAAUUAUCCAAUGAAUCGCGCACUACGCGCUGAGAGAACGGUCAAUCACCAGUGGCGCACGGAUACGGAGCCAGGGGCGGGGUUUUCCUCCAAAGUGCUUUAAGUGCAACGUCUCGUAGUGCAGUCUUCGUGGUCACAGCCGGCGUCUCCCCCUUGUUUCAUUCAUUCUUUUUCAUUCAGGAACGUAGUGAGGCCUAGUGGAAAGCCAUGGAGAGCGCUCUGCCUGCUGCCGGCUUCCUGUACUGGGUGGGCGCUAGCACCCUGGCCUACGCGGCCCUGCGCAUCUCGUACUCGCUCUUCCUGGCCUUUCGGGUCUGGGGUGUGGGUAACGAGGCAGGGGUUGGCCCGUGGCUCGGUGAAUGGGCAGUUGUCACAGGUAGUACUGAUGGAAUUGGAAAAUCAUAUGCUGAAGAGUUAGCAAAGCGUGGAAUGAAGAUUGUCUUAAUCAGCAGAUCACAGGAUAAAUUGAAUCAGGUUUCCAGCGAGAUAAAAGAAAAAUUCAAAGUGGAGACAAGGACCAUUGCUGUUGACUUUACAUCAGGAGAUAUUUAUGAUAAAAUUAAAACAAACCUGGCAGGUCUUGAAGUUGGUGUUUUAGUGAACAAUGUGGGAAUGUCAUAUGAGUAUCCUGAAUACUUUCUGGAAAUUCCUGACUUGGACAAUGUGAUCAAGAACCUGAUAAAUACUAACAUACUCUCUGUUUGUAAGGUGACACGAUUGGUACUGCCUGGCAUGGUAGAAAGAUCUAAAGGGGUGAUUCUGAACAUCUCCUCUGCCAGUGGCAUGCUCCCAGUUCCACUGCUGACCAUCUACUCUGCAACUAAGGCUUUUGUAGAUUUCUUCUCUCGGUGCCUCCAUGAGGAGUAUAAGAGCAAGGGCAUCUUUGUGCAGAGUGUCCUACCAUAUUUUGUAGCUACGAAACUGGCUAAAAUCCGAAAGCCAACUUUGGAUAAGCCCUCUGCAGAGACAUUUGUGAAGUCUGCAAUUAAAACAGUAGGCUUGCAGUCCCGGACCACUGGAUACUUAAUCCACGCUGUCAUGGGCUCAGUAAACUCAAUCCUGCCUCAGUGGAUUUAUUAUAAAUUAGUCAUGGGUGUCAACAAGUCCCUGCGGGCUCGCUAUCUGAAGAAGACAAAGAAGAACUAAGAGCUAAUGACUCACUGAGUGACUUGGCCAGAUGCUUCAGCCUGUGCCUGCUCACUGCAAGGUGACCCCAGUCCCCCAGACCCUCAGUUGUCUUCUCAAUAACUCAGUAACAUCGCUAAAUGUCGUCAUAAUCGGGAGGAAAACAGAAGGCAUCAUUAGGAGUUCCUCACAUGUAUUCUGGAUACUGCUAGGACUAAUUUUAAAGUUUAAUGUAACUACUCAUAUCAAAUAGAUAUAAAACUAAUAUUACCAAGAACAACUUAAUAGGAAGGAACACAGUUAUAGCAAAAAUCACAGAAUGAAAGAGUCAGACAUAAAAACGCAACAAUUCCGUCUAGCCCAAAAUGCCAGUGCUCAUUAUUCUUACAUUUUCUCUGAAACAAACCAUGAAAUAUAAUAGCUAGCUUACUCGUUUUGUUUUUAACACUGUGAGGGAGUAGGAAUUAAUCAAUUUGCAUAUAGUUCAAGUUAUGGAUCUUUAUGAUGUUUUCUAAGUGUGUGUUUUGUACACGUAUAUGGAACUAUUCUUUCUUAAAAGUAGCUAAUAACAUAAGAAUUAUGCAGUAGACAGUUAUUUCUGACACAUGAAGCUUACUAAAAUAUGUUUUCUUUGACAUAUUACUUCUUCUUGGUUUAAAUGUAUGUAACUACUAUAUGGUAUGAUUAAAUUAUAAAGGUAAUAUGGGCCAAAAUGUACAUCAAGAUCAAACCUACGAUGGCACCCUGAGACCCUGAUGCAGGAAACAGCCUGUGACCCCAGGCUUGUUUGUUUCUGCACUGCAGCAGUAUGUGAAAGCAUUACUACUUCUAUAAUAGUAAUGUUAUCAAGGAAAUCAUAUUGUACUUUUUAAACUGUUCCCCAUAGGUACUGGUAUAAUGGCUUUAAUAAAAUAUGA